GCGGUUUGUGCUUGUUGUGGAUAAGCAGAAAUUAGAGGUGACCACUCCAAAGAUUCUCGGGAGUCAAGGAUGGUCUACUCAGUGUGGAAUGAGAAUUAAUGAACACACAAUUGCUUGAAGCUUCUUAUUUAAGAUUCGAGCUCCUCCUUUAGCACACUUAGCUCUUCAGAUGUCGUCCUGUCUAGGCAUUGUGAUCCUCGCUUCGGAGAGACCAUUCAGCUCGUGGUUGCGAUCGUUUAAUCCCGGUCGUGAAAUGCGUGACACUCUACGAAUUAUAGGAUGAAAUUGCGCCUUAGUGGUCUGCACCGACUCAUGGUUUUCCUCCUGCUCUUGACACUCCUCUCUGUCUCUAAGCGAUCAACCUGAAGAAAAUCACCAUCACAAACGCCUCAAACACUGACUCUCUCAGCCGUAGAAUCAACUCCUCAAAUCAUCUAUUUUAAAAGUCCUGCACGACCCUGUCAACCUGCUCGUCGCUAAGGAAGGUCACACGGCAAAAUGGGAAAAAGUUUCGACUCGCCGAAGGUGCAAGUCUUAAAGGGACUUCAGGGACUUCUCAAAGAAAUUCCUUGCAGCCUUUUGUACGACGAUCGUGGCUCGGAGCUUUAUGAGAAAAUUACCGAGUUGGAGGAGUACUAUCCAUUUCGUGUGGAGGAGCAGAGGCUCAAAGAGCACGCGCGGAACAUUUCCGCAUCCAUUCCUGAGGGCAGCGUCAUUGUGGAGCUCGGGUGCGGCACGGCUCGCAAAUCCAGUAUAGUUUUAUCCGCCGUUCAAGCUCACUACAAGCGAUGCAGAUUUGUUGGCAUUGACGUCUCCUCCUCGUUCCUACAAGAAGCGCACACGAACCUCGUGGAGGAAGGGAUUGCUCCCGACUGUAUUGAGAUGGUCGAAUGCGAGUACAUGGAAGGGCUGAAGAAAGUGCGGACAAUGUACCCCACUGCGAAUCUCUGCAUCAUGUGGCUCGGGAGCUCCGUGGGAAAUUUCACCGACGAAUGCGCCAUCCAAUUCUUUCGAGACAUUCACGCUGCCGUCGGAACUCACAGUCAAAUCUUUCUUUGCGCUGACAUGUGGAAGGACACGGCGAAGCUCUACUCAGCUUAUUAUGACAAGAAAGGUGUCACGGAGCUUUUCAUUAAGAACGGAAUGCGCUGCGCACUUGCUUUGCUGGGCCAUAACACUACCCCAUCCGAGGAGGAUGCAUGGAUUUACGAAGUGGUGGUGAACGAAGAUUUGCGCCGCGUGGAAAUGUAUCUGAAGUUCACGAAUGAGCUGCUUCUUCCUGAAUACAAUAUCCACGUUAGGAGUGGAGAACGUGUGUUGGUCGAAGUCUCUCGCAAGUUUACAGUGGGUGAUUUCAACCGCUUGGCCAAUGAGGCCGGCUUCCACAUCGACGUCGCAUGGCGUGACAGCAUGUGGGGGAUGCAGAUGCUGAUUCCUUUCAAGGAAGCGUUGGAGCGGUGCUGGGCGCAGACGGAUAGAUUCUUUCAGGACAUACUGGAUUGGUCUAUAAAGCCCAUCGACGUCCGCCAUCCCUUCAAAUUCUACUACGGCCAUAUCCAGGCCUUCGCCAAGCUCAAGCUUCUUACCAAUGAGCCUCCUGCUCCCAUGGACAUCACGUUCUCGCGCGGGAUUGAUCCGAAUGUAGUCGAUCCCACGAAGUGUCACUCUCACCCAGAAGUACCGACCGAGUGGCCUAGCCGUGGAGAAAUUGAGAUCUAUGUACAGAAAACAAGAGCCAAGCUGCUCGCUGCGCUAGCUGCCAAUCAAAUCUCUCCUCGCCUCGCUAUCCUUGCCAUCGAACACGAAUACAUGCAUUUAGAAACGCUCGCCUACAUGCGCGCACAGGAGCGGAAAGCUGCAUUUGAGAAAAAGAAACGUGCCAACAGAACCACUCCAGAUAACGCUCAUGAUAUCACAAAUGAUGUACACAAGCACGGAGCUAACGGCAUCACUAAUGGCAUCACGAAUGGCAACACCAAGGGCAACACUAAUGGCAACACCAAAGGCAUCACAAAUGGCAUCGUCAAGGUCUCCAUUUCGAACGGAUAUUCCGAAGCCGGUCAUCACAGCUCCCACACCGACGGACCACAUUCCACGGAAUCCAACGGCUUCACCAAAGGCCAUCCUUUCAACGGUGUCCACAAAACCUGCACAAAUGUCGCAACGAACGGCAAAGUUCACAAGGUUGACGAGGAGCUUGAGGGGUCGAACAUGAUAUACAUAGCUCCUGGAAAGGUGGUGGUUGGGGGAGAUCCUAGUGAUGGUACCUUCAUGUGGGACAACGAGUAUCCAAGCUUCACCACCACGGUCACUGAACCGUUUAGAGUUUCCUCCAAGCCAGUGACAGUGGGUGAAUUCCUCACAUUCGUCAAAGCAGGAGGUUAUUCGCGACAAGAGCUCUGGAAACCUCUCGAUUUUGCAUUCUUUCAACUCCACAGGAUCACUGCACCAGCAACGUGGUCGGAGAUUGACGGCGACUACUUUGUACAUAGUUCACACACUACCGAGCACUGGAGGAGCGUUGCAAGUGAGCCGGUGUUCACGAGCUUGUCGGAAGCGGAAGCUUUCUGUGCUUGGUCCGGAGGGCGGGUGAUGACUGAGCCAGAGUAUCACUUGAUUCUUGCUAGCAAAGAAGGUGAGAGAGUGAAGAAGCUGCGAAGCGGAGGGUGGGAAUGGACAUCUACCCCGUUUGAACCCUUACCAGGGUUCAAGGCAAUGCCGGAGUAUCCGGAGUACUCGAGCGAUUUCUUUGACGGUUGUCACUACGUGUUGAAAGGUGCAUCGCCCGUUACGCACCGCUGCAUGUGGCGUGACACAUUCCGCAAUUUUUACCAGCGGCAAUAUCCGUAUGUCUUUGCCAAAUUCCGCGUUUGCAAGAAUUUUGCAAACUGCGAGUAAGGCAGACAACUGUAUGUAUGUUCCUAUGCAGGUUGCUUUCUAAGUGUGUAGAGAAGAAUUCUCUAUUUGCAAACCAAAUGAUUGCAACUUCAAUAGUGCGAACUCUGCAGAAUGUAUUACUUUGAGACGGGCAUUUUUCACCAUCUGUUUGAAUGAAUAUCCUCCCAAAGAAUACUACUUUUACUGAAUACAUGAAGCAAGAUUUUUUUUAUUUGUUA